AUGCGCUUCUUCGUGACUUUCUUCACCGCCCUCUUCUUCAUGAUCGGGUCUCAGUUAGUCGCCGCAGAGGAAACCGUCACCUCGACAAAAACCACCACUCAGACUCUGACUAUGACCAUCAUUCACUCCGUCGGUGCUUCCACAACCGCCGCCACAAACGUCACCACAACCGUCGUGAGCCCCACCCCGUCUACCACCACGGCCGAAGAAUCCGUUCAGUCAUCCACAGCGACGGAUGCUCCAUCUGAAACCGGAAAUGCUGCCGCUGCCGUUGUACCAAAUAGUUUCUCUGCGAUGGUGAUGGCUGGAUCGGUCGCGGCCCUCCUAGGCACCCUGCUAUAA